UGGCUUCCCCCGGCGGGUCUGCCGACUCGGGGACGGCGGAGGCGCGCGCCGGCAGGGACCCCGAGCUGACAGCUGCGCGCCGAUCGCUGCUCCCAGUGGGAGGAGAAGGGGUGUGUCCAGAUGAGAGGGGGCGAUCGUUUCCUUCAUUGUCCGCGAAGCCCCGGUCAGAGUACUGUUUAAUUUUAAUAGCAAACUUUCCUUGGCAUGCCGGAGUUCUACGGCUUGCGGUACCAAAUCCUGGGCACACUGGACCAGUUUUCCGAACAUCAGGUAUAUAGAGGAGGUGUCCUCAUGACUUCCCCUGCAGACCAUGUCUAUGAUCCUUUUUGCCUGUGUGGUGAGGGUGAGGGAUGGACUGCCCCUCUCAGCUUCCACUGACUUUUACCACACCCAAGAUUUUCUGGAAUGCAGGAGACGGCUCAAGACUUUAGCCUUGCGACUGGCCCAGUACCCAGGUCGAGGUUCUGCAGAAGGAUGUGACUUCAAUAUACAUUUUUCUUCUUUGCGGGAUGUGGCUUGCAUGGCUAUCUGCUCCCGCCAGUGUCCAGCAGCCAUGGCCUUCUGUUUCCUGGAGACCGUGUGGUGGGAAUUCACAGCUUCCUAUGAUACCACCUGUAUUGGCCUAGCCUCCAGGCCAUAUGCCUUUCUCGAGUUUGACAGUGUCAUUCAGAAAGUGAAGUGGCAUUUUAACCAUAUAAGUUCCAUUCAGAUGGACAGCAGCUUAGAAAAAAUUCAGGAGGAGCUGGAGUUCCAGCCUCCAGUAGUUCUCACUCUGGAGGACACAGAUGUGGCAAAUGGGAUAAUGAAUGGUCACACACAGAUACACUUGGAGCCUGCUCCUAAUUUUCGAAUGGAACCGGUGACAGCCCUAGGCGUCCUCUCGCUUAUUCUCAACAUCAUGUGUGCUGCUCUGAAUCUCAUUCGUGGGAUUCACCUCGCAGAACAUUCUUUACAGGUUGCCCACGAGGAAAUUGGAAAUAUCUUGGCUUUUCUUAUUCCUUUUUUAGCCUGUAUUUUCCAGUGUUAUUUGUACCUGUUCUAUAGUCCAGCCAGGACUAUGAAGGUGGUGCUGCUGCUGCUCUUUAUCUGCCUGGGCAACAUAUACCUGCAUGGGCUGAGGAACCUCUGGCAAAUCCUCUUCCACAUAGGAGUGGCUUUUCUGUCUUCGUAUCAGAUACUGACCAGGCAGCUUCAGGAGAAGCAGGCUGACUGUGGAGUUUGAAGGCGACACUGUGUGAUUGAUGGAUCUUUUGGCUUUCUUAGGAGGGUCAUCUGUAUUUCCCUUCUGGCUUCUCAACCUCACCUCAAGUUUCCACCCUUGAAGUUCCCUUCGAUCAAAAACUGGCUGAGACCGAAAGUUGGGGAUUUUUAACAGGUGCAGUAGAAGGCACGAGGUGGCUUGAUUUCCCAGUCCUGGUUUUGUGCUGAGCGUUACUGCAGAAUCUCCAGGUCAGCACAUCUUAGGACAGCAGAACCUGGGGGCUCACUCACAAGGAGCAUUAUGGAAAGAUCAAAACGGAAUUGUUUUGGUCUUUUAAACCGAAUGAUGCAAUAAACCACUAGAUUUAUUAACACUAGUUUUAGUAACUGGCGGUUGUCUCUGAGGAAUCACUUUAAAACCCGUAUCAGCUUUUCAGUCUAAAUGCGACUUGGUUUUUUGUAGAGGGUCAAUACAGGGUGAAUUAAAAAUUUUAAAAUAUGGUUCAGAAAUAUAAGCUAGAUCAAUUUUGUUUACAUUUUUUGAUAACUUAGGUCUGAUAUGAUACCUUUAGAAUAUUUAAAUAUAUUUUGGAUAUAAAUUGAACUUAUCUUCAUUUAGGGAAAGGACAAACUUAAGCUGAGAAAAUGGUUAAGAAAAAUGAGUUUAUUUAAUUUAUAUAUAACUUUUUAUGGUGGUGGGGCUGCGUGGGUACAGAAAUGUUUUGUAUUUAUUUGCAGGGUAUAUCUGAACAUCUUAAAAAUUGAGUAACAGUGCUACUGGAUCAUAGCUUAUAAGCAUGAGCAUGAGCUUAAAAACCUGAGAAUUUCAGGAUUCUCUGCAGUGGGCCACAGACUGGAGUAGGUGAAUCACAUGGAUUCACAUACUGGUAUUUUACAGAUGCAGGUGGUAUUAAAAAAAAAGAAAAGCUGUUGUCAUCAGUCUUGUACAUGGCAGCUGAGUUCCUGUCAUUUUAAUGAUGAUCAAUGCCUAACCUGUGUACCUGUUCUAAAAAGCCCUCCCAAAUUAAUUGCUUUCUGCACCUUUCCCAUUCAUCUUAAUUAGAUCGAGGGCCUCAUUCUUUAUGAACAGGAGUUAAGUAGGUGUUAACUUUUUAAAAGUUUCCUAAAGAUAUAAUUAUCUCUGUGCUCUGCGAAGUUGCUUUUCUUUUCCCAUUGUCAAAAUAGUUGAUUGAUCACAGCUUUCCAAAAUGUGGCUCUGAGUAAGAUCUCUUAGGUCUCCAGAAAUUUCAGCCUGGGUUGUCCAGUAGCAUUCAGGAGGCCAUAUUGCGAGUUUGCCCUUUGGAUUCUUCUUGGAAUUUGAAUAGCUCAACCGCAAUUGCAUGGGGUAUCAGGUUGAAUUAUGUGGUCUUGAUAAAUUAAAAAAUCUGCUUUGAUAGCUUUUAAAAGUUGAAAACCAUCGCAAGAGUUAUUGAGUAUGUGGGGAAAGCAAGAAUAUAAUUUUAGGGAAUUCAGUUGUACUUGGUUGUUAUUGUUAGCGCCUUGCUAUUGAGCUACCUUGAUGUCACUUUAAGAAAAACAAGUAUAUGUGACUGGAAACUGUUGGGAAAAUGUUGCCACAGUCAUUUCAUUUUCUUACAACUUUCUAUUUUCAAUCAAACAAAACAUCUGGAUGUGAAAGGUAUAUUGGCAGCAUUCUCAGAUGUCAAGUUCACAGUUGUCUCUCCUUUUAUCCUGCACCUGCAUAAUUUUCUGCACACCCAACAGGUGAAUCUAAAGGUUUUCUGGGACAUAAUUUUGAAGAGAUAGUAAAAUAGAAUGGGAAGCCAAGGACUUUAAAAAUUGAUAAGAGCAGCUUACAAGUGAAUUGUGGAUUUUUGGGUUUUUUUGAGCCCGAGUGUUAUUGAUAUCGCCGUGUUGCCCUGUAUCCCCAGAUGCUCAUGUUCUUGGGGUCUGAGCCUGUGAUCCACAUUCAGCAGGCAGUAGAGAACCAUCCCUGAAAAGGAGUCCCUCCUGGUCGAUGCUUCCUGCACUGGUGGAGAUGUUUCUACACUUGGUUGAAUGUGGUUUUCAUCCAUAAACAUCUACAUUGAUUGAAUUUUGCAAACAAAAGGGAAAAGGUACAUUAGACAAACAGUACAAAAUAGUGACCACAUACACAUUGUUUAUCUAGAAUCCAGGUUGAAAGAAGCCUCAGCUCACUGGAGGAAGAGACAAGUGAUAGGAAAGAAGUUCUGGGGAUAUUGUCCAAGGGAAAUCCCAGGCUUGGGGUCGACCUGUUCAGGCCUGGAGUUUUGUGGCUCCCUGUGUCAUAUCAUCCUUGUUGCCAGAAAGCUGGCCUCCCAUCGCAGGAGUCAUCCUCACUACCCCACAGACUCACUGUUCUAGCACUUUGUUUUCUCAGUGAUAUCAUGCUACUUGCCCAGCUGACCUCACAGGGAUAGAUCUGGGAAUAGAUGAAAUAAUGUUGAAAACAAACCUUCGAAGUGCCUUCUGCGAACAGAUGCUGCAAGAUCUUGAACAUUGGAGUACAUUAUUCCCAUCGAUUGUAUCAGGCUGGGAAUGUGGCUCAGUGCUCUUGACCAGGGUUUCCCAACCAAGGGGCCAAGACCAGAAGGGUUCUCCCUUCCCCAAGCAUGCUGGUCAAAGAACAUGCAGACUCUGGUUUUCAUUUCCCUGGGCUAGUCCUACUGCGAUGAGGGUCAUUCCUGAUUUCUUUUUCCUGGGUGGAGACAAUCAGGGGUGUGUUGGGGGUGGCACUUCUCAGUAUGGAGGCCCCAUUGCUGGCAGCAGGAGGAAUGUGACCAAAGGCCCCUGGUUUUGCUUCUCAGGCCUGCACCCCUGUUAGCUGUGAACUCUGUUGUAGGCACUGUGAAGCAAAGCCCACCAUUUUUAAAGUUCAUUAAGGGGUGGGAAAAAGGGCAUCAAGAGAUGAAAACAUUCAAUCUCAUUUCUGUCACCUCACCUUGAGCUCCCCGUUCUUUUCCUAGGUGCUUCCCAUUCUCUAGGACUCCUCUGCCUCUCCCCAUGUCUGUCCCACACAUUCCAGCCCUGGAGGCAGAGGCUGAAACUGGAAUCUCCAGAGGGAUGAGAAGGCCACCUUUACUUGUAGCUGAUGGGGUGCGUGCAGGAGCUUCAGAGUGGGAACAGAUGGCUUGAGGCCCAGCCCUUUUCCUCUGUGCCCCCAGGAACUUUAACACACACUUAGGAGUCUGUGCUCAGAGAGGAAUGGCACUUUGGUGGUCAGCACCGCUCAGAGUCAGCGGUGAUAGCCAGCAGGACUGGCUGUUUGGGGCGCAGCGAGCGGGGCACAAGUGAGUGGCAAAGCCAGGGGCCCUCAAGUGGCUGCCCCUUGGCAGCUGGGGCAGUUGGGGCCACAUACUGCACCCUCAUCCAGGGCCGCUGGGGGCUGUUCCUUGAAGGAGUCAACCUCUCACUGUAACGUGCAGGAUAGGUGGCCCUCUGGCGCCUGCUGCUAUGCGCACACAGCAGCGCAGGUGAGGACCAGCAAGCAUGGCAGUGUUUGCAGGGGAUAAGAUGCACGCCCCCUGUUCUGGUGUUGCUCACAUUCCAAAUGUUCCUACUCAGAAUCUGCCCAGGUGCAGAGAAGCUCUGCUGUGUGCUCUGUUAAUGGUGGAGGAAGAGAGAGUAGAUGUGCCCUGGAGAGAUGGAGGAGGCCUGGGGAUCGGCUUGACCCUGAGCUAGGGGUCCUGUGCCACUGUGGGCCAGUCCGGCCCAGGGGCCCUAGUGUCCUCAGCUGGCAAGUGGUGGCUCCCCAGCAUGCUGUCAUGAAGAUAAAAGCCUGGUGGAGGAGGACACGGAGUGAAUCCCUCGUUCAUGUGCAGGUAGAGAAAGCCUUUCACCCGAUACAAGGAAAUUCAUGCUCUAGGCAGCACAGUGUAGCCAUGUCUUCCAGCUUUUACAAAAAGGGGGCAUUUUCUUGACACUGCAAUGUAAACUAAACAGACUCAUUCUUUCACUUUCAAAGGCCAUGUGGCCUCUGUUUCCCCUUCUUUAACCUGCCUCUUGCUCUCCAGUCACAGAGCUCUUGGUACUGUUGGCGUUGGGCCCUUCAGGAUCCAGGGAGGCCAGUUCUGCUGGUUGGACCAAACCUCAAGGGCCCUCCCUGACCCACAUGAGGAGAGCUCUGAUCCUCCCAUCUGGGAGCAGUGAUGUCAGACCUCUGUUGCUGGGGAAACGUCUUGGCAGGGAACCUGUGGAAAAAGGCUUGUCAGUAAUAUCUGGGAAUGGCCGGAUAUGGAAACAUCUGCCCGUGUGUACCGACGACAGAGCUGCUGUCCACAAGCGCCUUUUAUUUAGGAUAAAAUGAUCAAAUCCAUUGUUCUUCUAACCUGUGCUUGGUACAUAUGAGCUUCUUUAACCCUUAUGUGAUUCUGGGGUUACUUCAGAAGUAUUAUUUAAUGGAUUAUUCCUAUGACUUGACCCCCCAGAAUUCGGUUUUAUUUAAUAGACUUUUCUACUAAGAGUAUAAAGACUGAGGCUGAUGUAGCCAGGGCAAAACCAUUUAUUUCACAUAUUUAUUCUGGAUGCUUGCUGUCCAUGUUGUACUAGCUUCUUACUGUUUUCAUGUAAUAAGAAAGAUCUAUUUUGAAUAAACAACGGGUAUGUUUUAACAAACUCUCACGCAGUCCUAAGGCCUAAACUUGUGUUAAUGUAUGUAAAGAAUAUUGUAUAGCCAUUUAUAUACUAUGUAUAUAUACGUUAAAUAAGGUGGCUUCAGAAGUGAGAGGAGAAUAAAUCUAAGGUGCUUAUUAA